AUGUCGUUAAAGUCAAGACCUUUACAAUACAAACACUUUAAUGUGUCUUUUCCAGAUGAGCGCAUUGUCCAAGUCACACUGAACAGGCCUGACAAGCUCAACUGCGUCGAUCAAGCCACGAGCAAAGAAAUUGCCGAGAUUUGGGAACUGUUUGAUCAGGAUGAGAGCUUAUGGGUUGGUAUUAUCACAGGAAAUGGUAGAGCGUUCUGCACUGGUGCAGACCUUGGAGAAUGGAACGAGAUGAACAGACGCGGCAUCAUCAACGACAUGUCAGCACCAGGUCUUGCUGGCCUGCCACGUAGAGCAGGAAAGAAACCGAUCAUCGCUGCUGUCAACGGAAUCACGAUGGGCGGAGGCUUUGAGAUGGUCGCAAACUGCGAUCUUGUAGUUGCCGUCUCCUCGGCCGUCUUCUCGCUGCCAGAAGUGAAAAGAGGCAUCGUACCGGUCGCAGGUUGUUUGCCUCGCUUGACCCGAACUUUGGGUCUACAACGUACCACCGACCUUGUGCUCACAGGCAGAAACAUAACAGCCAAAACGCUUUACGACUGGGGUCUUGUCACAGAAUUGGUCGACUCUGCCGAGGAAGUCGUGCAAGCCGCCAUCAAGACGGCCCAACUCAUGUGCAGGAACAGUCCUGACGCGUUGGUAGUUGGUCGGUUGGGCAUCAGACUGAGCUGGGAGGCUGGUAGUGUCGAGGAUACUGUUACCACGCUUGCCAACGAUUGGUAUCCGCGUCUCGUGCAAGGUGAAAACUUCAAAGAGGGCAUCAAGGCAUUUGCAGAAAAGCGCUCACCAGUCUGGGUGAGCUCAAAGCUGUAG